AUGGCUAUCAUCCCUAUCCCCGAAGGCUACAAGCCCACCUUCGCCUUCAGUAUCUGCCCACCCUCAGGGAUUUUCUUCCAGCUGGCCAUGUUCCUAUUCGACUUCCUGAACGACCUGGUGCAGAUCGGCACUUUUCUCCUGCACGGAGACUGGUGGUUUGCCGGCUUCAUCGCCUUGUUCGUGCUCCUCAGCUCUUUGCCCACGGUCGCGUGGAUGACAGAAAAGAGCAGCCUGAAGCGGUUCGAUCCGCUGGGCGAAGCCCGGCUCUGCUUGGCCCGCGGUGUGCCGACCGAGACUUGGGAGGGGAUGCUCUGGGCUGAGCGAACCGUCGAAGCCCCGAGCACGGGGCUCAUCGGCCCUUACGGCGCGUCCCUGCUCCAGCUGACACCGCUGCAGGCAGCCAGCUGCCUUUAUGGGCUAUACAGCUCCGCCAAGGCCAUGGCCGAGGGCAAACUGCAGGAAGAGGUAAAACGUGGCGCGGAUGCAGAAGUGUAUGCACUGAAAGCCGUUCGUCCCUUCAAGACCGCUAUGUGCUCCGUCUGGUACGGGGCCGCCUAUGCUGCGGAGCUGGCGGCAUUUGCAGUGGCGAGCGCCGUCUUGCACCCGCUCGUCACGAUGCCGGGGUACCUCCUCGGGGCAGUGGCGAACGGCGCAGCAGCCUGGUUUGCUGGAUCGCCGGAGUUUCUCGAAGAAGCUAUUUUCUCUUGCCUCGGGGUUGGCUUGGCCAUGGCAGGUCUCCAGACGAACAUUUUCUUCAAGCCCAAAGCAACAGCACCGGGGGGAGCAAAGGGCCCCGGAUGGAUUCCAGCGCUUUGCAUCUUUGUCCGCUUCAUAGCCUGGACGGCCCUUUGCUUCCUGGAUCUCCCACGCGGCCUUGUUUCCCUGGGGUCGCUGUCGCGCCCCAUGGGCCUCCCGGUGCUCCGGGCAAAAUUCCUGGAGCCGGCCGCGGCUUGUUUUGAGGCUAUUGCCUGUUUCACAUCUCAUUUCUGGAUCUCCGUGGAACCGGAGGCCAAUGCGACCUCCAUGUCUUUGACCGAAGAGUUGGGGUUUGGCGACUGCGGCUGGCCGGCAACCGGCGAGCUGAGCAGUGCAUCUACCAUAUUUAACACUUGCCUCUUGUUGUUUGCCGUUGUUCUUGUUCCCUUGCACAUGUGCAUCGUGGUCGGAAUGUUACUUUUCAAUCCCAUAUACGCAUGUGCAGCCGAGAACCCCGACCUCAAAAGGGAGGUUGAAGCGAAGCAGCGCGAAAUCGACGACUUCGCGAAGCAGAAGGAACAAGCUGCGGGGCAGCGCGAGCAGCAGAGCCUGCUUGCGGAUUAA